UGGAGGGCGCCUCAACAUAACGUCCACAUUUCUGAGGUAUCACUGAAAAACAGAGGACUCUCCAUCAUAGUUUAUUUUACUGUUAUUUUAAACCUCAAAAGCAACGAAUUAUCCGGGUGCUCCCAAAUGCCUUACACGGGCCUGACAACCACACAACAACAACAACAACAGCAACAACAACAACAUCGGAAGAAAACAAGGGAUCUGCUUCCGGUUUCUGGAGCCAGCUGUCAGACUCCAGCAUCGUCCAAUGUCUGGGCAGCAGUUUUUAUCAGCAGGGCAGCAGCUUUGAAUUAGUAACAGUUCUCGUUGCCGUUGUUUCGGGAAAACACGCAAACAGCCAAAGCCAAACCGGACCCGCGGCCCUAACGAGAGCGUUUAGCAUGAGCGAAGGAGACGUGUUUCACGAGAAGCAACGAUUGGAGCUGUGCGCGAUCCACGCACUCAACAACGUGCUCCAGGAGCUGGUGUUCACCAAGGAGACGGCCGAUGACAUCUGCAAACGGCUGGCUCCACAGUGCGUGGUGAACCCUCACCGCUCAGUGUUAGGUACAGGAAACUACGAUGUCAACGUCAUCAUGGCGGCACUGCAGAGCCGGGAACUGGCUGCAGUGUGGUGGGACAAACGCAGGACGGUGCAGAGCCUUUGCGUGCCAAAGGUCCAGGGUUUUAUCCUAAAUGUUCCAUCCCGGGUGUCGUUGGGGUUCAUGUCCCUCCCACUCCGACGGCGACACUGGCUCGCUGUUCGACAAGUAAAUGGACAGUACUACAACCUGGACUCCAAACUGAAGAGUCCCGUCUGUAUCGGGGGAGAAGCAGAACUACGCAAAUUUCUCAGCGAACAGCUGUCUGAGGACGUGGCGGAGAUGCUCCUGGUCGUCGGGCAGGAGGAGGAGGAGGACGGCUCGUGGCUGAACGCCGACAACCCAGAGAAGUGACGCUUUGGGACAGUACAAACUGGAAAAAAAACAUCCUCUGGGAUGAUGACGGACUUAAAAAAAAAAAGAAUAAAAAACCUCAUUGCAAAAAACUCUUCAGGGAAUGCACUAAAAUACAUUUGAUAUCUACACACAGGAAAUUCCAAAGAGAAGCGAACGAUGUUUACUCCUGAGAUGAAGAACUGUUUGAUUGUAAUAUCUGUGAAGGCCUUUACUCUGAUAUGACCCAUGUAUUUGCAUUGUCCAUGCUUAGUACCUUUGUUUUUAACACAGGGAAGGUGAGAUCUGAGAUAGCAGCUUAAAGCAAAUGUGGGCUUGUUAGAUAAUGCUGACCUGUGGCUUAUGACUGAACUUUUACUUCUUUUUUUUUAAAUGAUAGAGAUUGGAGUUUUCAUGCAUGAAAAAACAUCUGCAGUAAGGACAUCCGCUCUACUUUGAGUACCAAACAUAACCAAGGUCAAAAUGGUAUCGCUGUCACUAUUACCAUCGAGUCGACACAAUCCGAUCAAUAUCUGCUGUGGCUACAAGCUGGUGAUGUCAAAAGCAGCGUCCUCUCUACUCACAACCAUUAUGCAAAACCUUCUAUGCACUGCAGCUGGAUAAGUUGACCCUGCUCGUUUUUGUAUGUGCGCUCACAGACACAGGUACUGUGAAGGCAUCACCUGGGACAUUGAAAGACAGCCAGUGUCUUUGCUUUUUCCCCGUCUCUUACAACUUUGCUGUAGACGUUUGUCACAGAGUGCCACAGUUUUUAGAAUUUAGAAUGUGUUUUGUUGCCUUCCUGGCUGCCUUUUUGUUUUCUUCAUUUAGUGGGCUUGAGAUCUUUAACCCAUCGGAAUGAACAUGGUGAUCACGAUAAGUGAUGUCAUUGACGUGUGAUAGCGAAGCUAAAUCACACAACAAUAAAGCUUUGAGAAAUUGAAAGCAGACAGGACGUUGGCAGGGAUCUAUUUAAUCCAGGUCUCAAGUCGCCAGGUUGAGUUUGACAUGCUUUUAAUAUGAAUGAAAGAAGCUAGAAAUUGUAUUUUGUUUUAUAUCUUAAAGGAACAGUUGCAGGAAAAUAAAAUCUACUAUUUUACAUUUGUUUUAGAUAUGCAAAAACACUGGUUGUAUGACUAUGUAAAAUUUGUUUGUAUUUUGUCUCUCCAUUGGAUCUAUGCAUAUCCAGAAUAACAGGAGCACUGUCUCUGCUAAACACUAGUGACAAACUCACACAUGAACCUAAGCUCCAAGGUUUGUAACGGUGAAACCUAUUUAUAUUAAACUUUGACCUUUUGUUUUA